AUGUCAAGACUUAGAGGCGCCGGGAAGUGGGUGUUGGCCGCCGGUUGGCUCACCGGUUGCACCCAUUGGUCAGCCCGCAGUGACUCCUACUUGAGACCACGUGCGGCCCAUUUGAUUGACAAUCACCGGCACAACAACAGCAACAGGGGAUCAGUUUCGGUGCCCACCGGUGGCCACAAAUGGGUCGACAAUUGGGACAAAAGGGAACCGUUUACCGACAACGACAACGACGACAGGGCUCGACCGGUGGCCACGCGACACAUCAUACUCGUCCGUCACGGCCAGUACCACGAGUCGGGCCCGGAGUAUACGCUGACAGCGUUGGGCCGAUCGCAGGCUCAGGCGGUCGGCGCGCGGCUCAAGAAUCUGGACCUUCCCUACAAGAGUAUCGUUCACUCAACGAUGACCAGAGCCGUGGAGACCGCCGCCACCAUUAGCCAACACUUGCCAACGGUUCCCAUCGAGAGCUGUGCGGACAUUGAAGAGGGGGCGCCGAUACCACCGGAGCCCCCGUUCCCCGACUGGCAGCCAUCGGACCGGGAGUUUGCCGAAGACGGCCCCCGAAUUGAGGCCGCCUUCCAGAAGCACAUCCAUAGAGCUGAUCCGACGCAAACGGUGGACAGCUAUGAGAUAAUGGUCUGUCACGGGAAUGUGAUCCGGUAUUUCCUGUGCCGCGCCUUACAGUUGCCGCCCGACGGCUAUUUGCGGUUUGAUGUGAGACAUUGCAGUGUGACGUGGCUGGCCGUACACCCCAACGGUCACGUGACCGCCUGUAUGGUCGGUGAUGUCGGCUUAGGACACAAACCCUAA